AUGUCCAUAUCUUUCCACCAAGCUUUCAAGGGUAUCUGUUGCACUUUGUUGAAUUGCAACUGUGAAAACUUUAAACCUUGCAAGAUGAAACAACGGCAGUGUGAAAACUGCAUGCACGGUUGGGUUGCACAUGCUCUGAGUAAAUUGAAGGUACACCACAUGUAUCACAACAGCCAGGUGGAGAUUGUGCAUUCCGAUGUGGUGUUUGACAUCUGCAGCCUGAUGCUAUAUGGAACCCAUGCUAUUCCAGUGCGCCUGAAGAUCCUCUUGGACCGGCUGUUUUCCGUUCUCAAGCAGGAAGAGGUUAUCAAAAUUCUCAAUGCACUUGAAUGGACACUACAGGACUACAUCCGAGGAUACAUACUUCAGGAUGUAGCAGGGAAGGUACUGGACCGUUGGGCCAUUAUGACGUAUGAGGAGGAGAUUGCAACACUACAACAGUUCCUGCGCUUUGGUGAGACCAAGUCUAUAGUUGAGGUCAUGGCUCUACAAGACAGACAGGGACAAGCAGUACUAGUUCCCAGCACUCGGACCAUCUCAGAUAUUCGCAAUUUCAUUGAGCGUAACAGUCCAUGCCCUACGGCUGUGUCUACAAUCAAAGAAGAGAAGCAGAAUGGCGAGAACAUGCACCACUUUGAGAACUUAAUUAAUAGCAUGGCAUUCAUAGUACCUUUCCAGCUGUUGAGCUCUGUUCCAGCCCCAUUUCUUGGCUCCCCUGCCAGUUUAAGCCAUCAGCGUCAGCAAAUAUACAAGGAGUACUGCCACAGGUCAGUAGAUCAUCAGAGUCAGAGGCAAGUGGAUCAAGACCAGAAUAGUCAUGCAAGUCAAAACCCACCGUGUUCAACAGACAUCAGCCAUAUCGAUGCCCACUCUGUAAUAUGCAGUGAGGAUCAAGACAAAUCAAUAGAAUGUAUUUCCUGGACAAAAAUGGUUGAGACAGAAGAUUUUUUAACAAGUGACAACUGCUCUGAUGUCCCCAUGACCUCUGACUCUACUCAAUUUUCACCUUCUUCUAAGCUGCACAAUCGAAGGAGUGGAGUGGGGAUUUUAGUAAGCAGUGGAAGUGGAGGAUCUCUGAAAAAGAGUCGUGUAUUUUGCAAUGCUUGUGAGAAGACAUUCUAUGACAAAGGUACACUAAAAAUCCACUAUAACGCAGUUCACCUGAAGAUUAAGCAUAAGUGUACAAUCGAAGGAUGCAACAUGGUGUUUAGCUCAUUGCGAAGUCGCAACCGCCACAGUGCCAAUCCCAAUCCACGACUCCACAUGCCCAUGAAUCGCAACAAUCGAGACAGAGACAUACGGUAUAGCAUGCAUACCUAUGAGCGUCCUGCAGAGACACCCUCUGGCUAUGACACAUCCAUUUCAAUCUGCUCUGCAGAAAGCCAUAAGUCGGUUCCAAGUGCUUUCCAAGGUAUGAGCCAGAGCGGACUUCUCUUUCCUAACCUAAAGACAGUACAGCCGGUCCUGCCUUUUUACCGCAGUCCUGUUACACCAGCAGAGCUUGUAAGUACCCCAGGGACGCAACCCUCGCCUUCUCUAAUAGCAUCCUCAACGUCUGUAAAACUGGCCGCUGUUCCUGAGCCCCUACCCCAAUCAAAAAAAAAAUCCCGAAAGUCAAACACGCCAAUAAAGAUAGAAAAGGAAAUGGUAGCGAGAGAUGAUCAACGACAUAGUCUC